UUUUGCAAAAUUGCCCGAGUGAUAUUGCGUAUGAAAUUUCAAAAAUUUGUAAGAAGAAAUACAUUUUCAAACAGUAAUAUUUCAUAUUAUCUUGCAAACAUUCGUCUUUAAAAAAAAUUAAGGUUUUUGCAAGAAAAGUUCGCCCAUUAUUUUAGUGUUCUUACUUCGGUGAAUUCCUCUGCAAUAUAUCUAAUAACAAUACUCUCUUUAUUUAAUAUAUUAACGCAAUUUAUGCAAAUAGUUUUGCUUAUAAAUAAAAAGCCUUCACAAAACUUGCAGCACUUUUUACUGCAAGCUCGACAUACGAAGCUGCAAAUUGUAUAAUCAGUUACUACUGUGUUGUACUUAGAAAGCGCUAAACCAAGCAAUUCCACGUCCUUUUACAUGGUCGUUACUGCGUCAGUGUUGUGUUUAACUGUAAGAGCAUACUUAAUCCAAAAAAAAAACGCUUGUACCUAGGUAAGAUGGACGAGUUUGUGAAAACCAAAUUAUUAGAAUGGGGAUUUACAGAUCUUGUGGAGUCAUUUCACGAACAACAAGUUGAUCGCGACGUUUUUCUUUGCCUAAAUUUGGAGAAUCUCAAAGAGCUCAUUCCGACAUUUGGAAUAAGAAUUAAAUUUUGGAACAAAUACCAAACUUUUUUAAUUAAUGAGGCAUCAAAAGAGAAUGAGCUAAUAUACGUAGAUUCAUUGGAGUCCCCUGGUGGUGGAGGUGACGAUAUCUCCACAGAUAUAAGUUCUACUUUAACUGCAUCUCCAGCUCCGUCUGGGUCAACAUCUUCCUCACUUCUGCCUUUAGAUGAGCUGAAAGAAAGUACAUUCAUUUAUACUCAACGUGCCGCACUUGGCACACCAUUUGAAUGUAAUCCCAACGUAAUAACAUCCGACAUUCUAGAAGCUUUAGACUGUGAGGAGGGGAAGUUGGUGAUAGCAAGCUAUGGUGAGGGAAAACAGUUUAUGCGAAAUAAACUCUGUGAGCUUGUAAUCAGGCGGGAGUUAAAGCGAUCAACUACCAAAAGGAUUUCGUCUGAAAGGUUUCAUUACCUUGCUGAUCAAAUUAAUCAACUUUUCUUACAUGAAAGGCCAGAAGUAUACUAUGUGCCCUAUGUAAAUAAUGCAGGAAAACCAAAAGCAGCAAGAGGGAAACUAUUUAAUGUGUAUUUAUACCAACGCCAACUAUUAAAAAAAUUUGGUUUGCUGGCAAAAAAAGAAAAUUUAACUACUUCAGAAGCUGCUCCCGAAAAUACCGAUGAACAAACCGAAGAUAUUCUACUAUGGCUUAAAAAUAAUACUGAACCUAAGAAUCAGGUACUAGAUUAUUGGAAACUCACAACUAAAGAGAGAGCCAAUCGAAUGGUCUCCAUUGACCAAUAUUUUAAGCAAUACCCAAUAUUGAGAAGUCCUUUGUCGUAUCAUUUCUUUGAAAUUGAUUUCGACAACACGUACCCCAAUAAAGAAACAGUCUUUUAUGUAAAAUGGCCAAUGGUUGCGAAAAAAAUUAUUACAUUUGCUAAACAAAAAAAGGACGCUUAUAUAAAAUCUUUGCUGGAUGACUAUAAAGCUAUCCAAUCUGAUGAUUUGGACGAAAUUUUCGCGUUGCGUGUACUGCCCCUGCUGUUUAAUACGGUGAACAUUAAAACCAAAAAAGUGGGUUUGCAUUGGCGACCAUCUAAAAUCGAAUCACUGAACGGAUUUAUAAUUUUUGUUAAAGAGAGUAGCGAUGUUCAAAGUGUGCUUGAGGAAAGGCAGCGUAAAUUAGCAUCAUUUAAGCUAACUACGCAACCUGUCCCCGUGGUGGUAUGUAAGCAAAUAGAUUCCAUCGAAAGUUGUUAUGUGAGCAUUAACACAGAAUUGUUGAAAGUUGAUACCUUAUUGAAAGCUGUAGAUAUCACAUUUAAGGCAUGUCAUGUUCUAAAUGCAGAAUACUCUAAAGAAUGUGAUGCGGCGUGGACUUUCUUACAAAAAUAUAUAUACGACAUUCAUACAAAAUUUGAUAGGAAUUACAUUUCAGUGAAUGCAUUGAUGUCUGAUUUAGGUAAUGCGUAAUGCUUUGGUUCAUAUCGGCUUUAACGUCUUAUUUAGGAACCUAAGUUACGUACUACUAACAAUUUUUGU